AUGUUUUGGAAAUUUGAUCUUCACUCAUCAUCCCACAUAGACACGCUUCUAGAAAGAGAAGAUGUAACACUGAAGGAGUUAAUGGAUGAGGAAGAUGUUUUACAGGAAUGUAAAGCUCAGAACCGCAAACUUAUAGAGUUUCUGUUAAAAGCAGAAUGUCUCGAAGAUUUAGUCUCGUUCAUUAUAGAAGAACCACCUCAAGACGUGGAUGAAAAGAUCAGAUACAAGUAUCCAAAUAUAUCUUGUGAGUUGCUCACUUCUGAUGUUUCCCAGAUCAAUGAUAGACUGGGAGAAGAUGAAUCCUUGCUAACGAAAUUAUAUAGCUUCCUCCUAAACGAUUCCCCCUUGAACCCACUACUUGCCAGUUUCUUCAGCAAGGUGCUAAGUAUUCUUAUCAGCAGAAAACCAGAACAGAUUGUGGAUUUCUUAAAGAAGAAACGUGAUUUUGUAGACCUUAUUAUAAAGCACAUAGGAACGUCAGCUAUCAUGGACUUGUUGCUCAGGCUCCUGACAUGCAUCGAGCCUCCACAGCCCAGGCAAGAUGUGCUGAAUUGGUUAAAUGAGGAGAAAAUUAUCCAGAGGCUUGUGGAAAUAGUUCAUCCAUCGCAAGAAGAAGAUCGGCAUUCAAAUGCAUCACAGUCACUUUGUGAAAUUGUUCGCCUGAGCAGAGACCAGAUGUUACAAAUUCAGAACAGUCCAGAGCCAGAUCCUCUGCUUGCCACUCUAGAAAAGAAAGAAAGUAUAGAGCAGCUUCUGUCGAAUAUAUUCCACAAGGAUAAAAACGAACCAGCUAUAGUCAGUGCGAUACAGAUACUGCUGACAUUACUGGAGACACGACGACCAACAUUUGAAGGCCAUAUAGAGAUCUGUCCACCAGGCAUGAGUCAUUCAGCCUGUUUGGUCAACAAGAGUGUUUUAGAAGCCAUCCGAGGAAGACUUGGAUCUUUUCAUGAACUCCUGCUUGAGCCACCUAAGAAAAGUGUGAUGAAGACGACAUGGGGUGUGCUGGACCCUCCUGUCGGCAACACCCGGUUGAAUGUGAUUCGGUUGAUAUCCAGCCUGCUUCAGACAAACACCAGCAGUAUCAAUGCGGACCUCAUGGAGCUGAACAGUAUUGGGGUCAUAUUGGACAUGUUCUUCAAAUAUACAUGGAAUAACUUUUUACAUACACAAGUGGAAAUUUGUGUUGCACUGAUACUUGCAAGUCCCUUUGAGAACACAGAAAAUAGCACAAUUACUGAUCAGGAAACCACUGGUGACAAUUUGUUGUUGAAACACCUUUUUCAAAAAUGUCAGUUAAUAGAACGAAUACUUGAUGCCUGGGACAUGAACGAGAAGAAACAGGCCCAGGGAGGACGACGGCAUGGCUACAUGGGACACCUGACGAGGAUAGCUAACUGCAUCGUGCACAGCACUGACAAGGGCCCUAAUAGCGCACUGGUGCAGCAGCUUAUCAAAGAUCUUCCAGACGACCUCAGGGAGCGAUGGGAGACCUUCUGCACAACUUCCUUAGGAGAAACUAACAAGAGGAACACGGUAGAUCUAGUUACAACCUGCCAUAUUCAUUCAUCCAGUGAUGAUGAAAUUGACUUUAAAGAAACGGGUUUCUCACAGGAUUCUUCUUUGCAGCAAGCCUUUUCUGAUUAUCAGAUGCAACAAAUGACGUCCAAUUUUAUUGACCAGUUUGGCUUCAACGAUGAGAAGUUUGCAGAUCAAGAUGACAUUGGCAAUGUUUCUUUUGAUCGGGUAUCAGACAUCAACUUCACCCUCAAUACAAAUGAAAGUGGAAACAUUGCCCUGUUUGAAGCAUGUUGUAAGGAAAGAAUCCAGCAGUUUGAUGAUGGCGGCUCUGAUGAGGAAGACAUCUGGGAGGAGAAGCACAUUGCGUUUACACCAGAAUCCCAAAGACGGUCCAGCUCGGGGAGCACAGACAGUGAGGAAAGCACAGACUCUGAAGAAGAAGAUGGGGCAAAACAAGACUUGUUUGAUUCCAGUGGCGCCAACACAGAGGACAAGAUGGAGGUGGACCUCAGUGAGCCACCCAACUGGUCAGCCAACUUUGAUGUCCCCAUGGAGACAACCCACGGUGCUCCCUUAGACUCUGUGGGCUCUGACGUCUGGAGCACGGAGGAGCCGAUGCCAUCUAAAGAGACAGGCUGGGCCUCUUUCUCAGAGUUUACAUCUUCCCUGAGUACAAAAGAGUCUCUAAGGAGUAAUUCUCCAGUGGACAUGGAAACCGGCGCUGAACCAAUGGACCCUCUGACUCCCAGUGUCGCUGCGCUGGCCGUGCAGCCAGAAGUGACGGGUAGUGUGGCCAUGGAAGCCAGCUCUGAUGGAGAGGAGGAUGCAGAAAGUACAGACAAGGUAACUGAGACAGUGAUGAAUGGCGGCAUGAAGGAAACUCUCAGCCUCACUGUAGAUGCCAAGACAGAAACUGCAGUCUUCAAAAGCGAGGAAGGAAAACUGUCUACCUCUCAAGAUGCUGCUUGCAAACACGUGGAGGAGAGCCCUGAGCCGGCUGAGGCGAAGUCUGCAGCCCCCCGGCCCCCCAGCAGUAGUCCUGAGCAGAGGACUGACCAGCCAAGCGUGCCAGGCGCCACAUCCGUGAACGGCCCUGUAUGA